AUGGUCGCAAGGCUUCUGGCAAGAGCCAUUUUCAAACCGUAUAGUCGCUGGACGCUUGGUAGACGCAAUGCUAUCUCCACGGACCCGAAACCGCCUGUGCCACCAGCGAAGCGACGAGUGCCCACCGACGAGGAAACAAACAUGAUUCUAGGCCGGGCGCUGAGGUCUUCAACAGGCAGUCUUAUGCGAUGCACAGUACUGGACAGCGAGGGGCACACGAAGGUUGCCAAUGGUGAGUUUAAACGAUCUGAACUGCUGUCGAAGCACGGCUUGCUUCCGCGGGAUCUUCGAAAAGUCGAUGUGAGUACCCACAACAUUGUGCCGGCGAUCCUAGUUCGUGAAAACUCGAUUUUGAUCCACUUGCUUCAUAUUAGAGCGCUCAUCAAAUCCGACUCGGUGAUAUUAUUCGAUGUUUUUGGCCAUACCGAUACACGCGCCCACAGCAUGUUUCUCUAUGAUCUGGAGCACCGGCUGCGAAACCAGGCCGGGUCGUCGUUACCCUAUGAAUUGCGAGCACUUGAAGCAGUUUUAGUGUCUGUUACGUCGGCUCUUGAUUCAGACCUGCAGGUGCAAACCCAUUUGGUGAAUAGCCUUUUGGCCGAGCUCGAACAAAACAUUGAGCGCGACCAGCUGAGGAGGCUUUUGCUUCAGUCCAAGCAAAUGUCGUCGUUUUUGCAAAAGGCAACUUUGAUUAGAGACGCUUUGCAGGAUCUUUUGGACAAUGACGAAGACAUGCAGGAUCUUUACUUGACUGCCCGACGCCAGGGCGAAGAAGCCGCUGAUACGUCUGAUGCUGAAAUCAUGCUUGAAUCUUACUAUAACUACUGCGACGAAAUCGUGCAAGCUACAGAGACUCUGGGAUCAAACAUCAAGAGCACAGAGGAGAUCAUCAAUAUCGUGCUGGACGCGAACAGAAAUUCUCUGAUGAGUCUGGAGCUCAAGUUCCAGAUCGGAAUGCUGGGCCUCAGCGCGGGAUCGGUGAUAGCAGCCCUCUACGGGAUGAACUUGAAAAACUUUAUCGAAGACACUAAUUGGGGGUUCGCUGCCGUUACCGGCUUGAUGGGGUUUGUUUCAAUCGCAAUUGUAUGGACACUGCUGCGUCGUCUGCACCGGAUGCAGCGUCUUCAGAUGGGCAAGAUGCGGCCUCGAGAAAAAGUCUAG